UUUGCAUCAUCUUGAACCAUACACAAAUUUAAUUACACGUCAUGGUGGGGAAUUAUCAGUGAUAUUAUCAUUUUGUGAAGUUUAUAACAUGAUUUGUCAUCUGCAUGAAGAACCAGAGCGAUGGGGAACAGUUUACAGUUUGACAAAUGGUACUGGGAUGCGAUUUAGUAUUGCUACUGGUAAAGCGGAUGUUGCAUUUGGUUCAAUGUUGCCAAAACUCGCUGAUCGCAUCAAUGGACAGAUCCUAGACAGUACCUUAAGAUGCAACGUUCAAUUUUUAGUGCCACAUCCUGAACCAAUAUCCGAUGCAAAAUAUGUAAUAAUACCGUUCACAACAACAGUAUGGAUUGUUUGCAUCGCAUUUUAUUUGUUUAUAGUCAUCAUUACAUAUUUAAAACGCAGAAAGGAAAAGAAAGCACUGAAUGCAAAGGUGGAUGUUUCCAAAGUAUUUUUAGUCAUAUUUCGAAUACUGAUACAACAACCGACGAAAGCUACAAACAAAUUAUUAUUGUUUUUAAUAUUCGGAUCGAUGGUGCUUUGCAUUUACUAUUCCAGCACGUUUUCCAGUCUCAUCAUCAAACCGAUAUAUAAUAAUCAUUUGAAAAACAGUGCUGAUGUAAUCAAAGCAAAUAAUAUUAAAAUCAUAAGUGCAGACAGUGAUUAUAAAGAUAUUAUCGAAAAAAAAUCUUUGGAGUUGGAAAAAGUUUCGAUUGGUUGA